CUCAUCAACACUCCAACACUCUCAUCCUCCAGCUCAACAACCUUCACCACACUCACAACUCCAUCACCACCUCUUAAUCACAAAACAACCAUCAUCAUGAAGCUGUCCGGUGUCCUCUCUGCCCUCACCCUCGCCACUGCCGCCUCGGCCACCACUGUCUCCUACGACACCGGCUACGAUGAUGGCAACCGUGCCAUGACCUCGGUCGCCUGCUCCGACGGCAAGAACGGCCUCAUCACCCGCUACGGCUUCAAAAAGCAGUCCGACAUCCCCCGAUUCCCCUACAUCGGCGGCGUCUACACCAUCGCCGGCUGGAACUCCCCCAACUGCGGCAGCUGUUUCCGCGUCGAGUACCAGGGCCGCAAGAUCCACGUCCUCGCCAUCGACCACGCCGGCGAGGGUGUCAACAUGGGCCUCCGCGCCAUGAACGACCUCACCAACGGCAAGGCCGCCCAGCUCGGCCGCAUCAACGCCCAGGUCUACCACGCCAGCCCCUCCGACUGCGGCCUCAAGAACUAG